CCUGGCUUGGCCCCGCAUCUCACGCCCGCAGCUCCCCCCAUGCGGGGAACGAAUUGGGGGAUGGAGAACGUGCAGAGCGGGCGGGACUCGGCCGGUUCACGGCAGCAUCGGCGGGGCCCGCUUUGCCGAGUCCCGGGCCUCCUCUGUCCUUUUUUACCUGUUGGCUGGGACUCGGGCGUGUGAUACAGCAGGAUCCAUUACUUCAAGAUUUGGAAAGAAUAGACGAACAGGUUGGAGAUCAAAGGGUCAAUGAUUCAAGUCAUGUUUUGGUCACAAAAGGCCUAGAUUUGUCUCGCCUUCUUACACGACAGCUCUGGGUUGUCUUGGGCUAUCUUUAUCACGGGGAAGCAUCCGAGAGAUCGCGAUGAGACUUGUCUGUCUCAAGAGACACGCAGAAUCAGCAUGUCGAGUCUGACGCAAUGCGAGCUACUUGUGUCCCGUCGCACCGCUGUGAACCCAACCACAUGUUCCCGCCAAGCGCGUCAUCUGAUAUUGACCCGCCGUGUGACCUUCGACUGCCGAAUCUCCAACAUUCCAUGGUGCUGUGAUACAGCCACGGAAUACCAUUACAUUACCCCCGCCCCGGUCUCCCGACUGGGCGGGAGCACAGCAACGGCCCCCCAUCCUUGGAGUGGUGGGCUAGCCGUUAUCGUUUGCAACCUCUCUGACACGGAAUUGCAAUAUCAUCACUUACGGAGGCGCACUCGCCUUCUCUCGCCGGCAUCUCCGCGAGGUCGGGCCCGGCCGACGGGGGGCAUACGAGUCGGCCUAUGCCGGUGUGGUAAUAGCUCCCAGCCAAGAACCACCCGCUCUGCCUUAUGGAGGCACACACGUUCAUGCCCGCGCAGCACGGGCUGGUGUCACUAUCGUCCUUGGCACACCUCCGGUGCCCCGUCGACAGAAAACGGCCUUUCCACAUUUCGAUAUGUAACCUCUACUGAUUCCCGGGUAUCCUUGAGUAUCAAGACGAUUUCUCAACACGGGCGCCCAGCAAUGGGUCUAAAUUAUCAAUCUAUGCCAAUAGCAACCAUCCGCGCCAACGGUGAUAAUGAUCGCGGAUGUAGGUAUACGCAAAAGAGCGAGUACCCGCCAUGGCAACCCCAGACGUCUCAGGCCGCGUCCGUCUGAGCCCCGGUCGACUUACCAUGCUCCCGUCAUCACAACUGGCGUGAUG